AUGACUGGAAGUGCUUCCAUAAAGUCAAUCUACUCUUCUGACGACGACAUCGAGCCUCAAAACACACACUACUACUCUGCAAAUAGCUCCUCAAGUAGUCUUGCUAGUAGUACCAAUAAUAAUAGUAAUGAUAAUGAUAAUAUCAAUAACCCCUCAAAAGACGACGUUGAAAAUGAUGAUGAAGAAGUCCCAGGAACUCUAUAUUACAUUGCUGAAACAGAAUGCACUACUCUCCCAGAUGGCUCUGACAUGGCCCUCAAACGUCGCGGAGAUGUGGUACUCUCACCACAACCUUCAGACUCCCCAAAUGACCCCCUCAACUGGUCUUUUGCUAGAAAAGCUUGGCACUUGGCCAUCAUUAUGAUGUUCACCGGCUUCACAGCUGCCAUUUCAAACAUCACUGCAGGUGCGCAAGAGCUCAUGAAUGCCGAAAUUGGAGAAUACAUGGGCGAUAUUAUGACUUAUGCAAAUGGAAUCUUGUUUGUUGGAAUCGGUCUUAUGACAUAUCUUUUAUCCCCAUCUGCUUUUCUCUACGGUCGACGUAUGGCAUACCUCAUUUGUAUAACCCUUGGAAUCGCAGGUUCAGUGCUUUUCGGUAAACUCUCCGGCUCCGUGGAUGCAUUUUGGUCCCAGUUGCUAGUCGGAGCUGCCAUGGGUGCUGCUGAAGCCCAAGUUCAGCUCUCAGUGACUGACAUUUUUUUCCUCCAUCAACAGGGUCUUGCUGUUAGUUUAUACGUCCUAACAACCGCUCUCGGAACUUAUCUGGGCCCCCUAAUUGCAGGUUUCAUUGUGGACGGCUCAGAUGCAGAACAGGAACGGCUGGGUAAAUCUCCAAUUGCUCUCCGUAGGUACGUUUCUGGCUGGCGCUGGAUCGGCUGGUGGGCAAUGGCUGUGGCACUGGCUCUUUUCCUUCUCAUGACCCUGUGUCUCGAGGAAACAUACUUUGAUCGAAAAAAAUACUACAAUCGGGCCGCCAAACUUUUCCCCAGUGAAGGAAACAGUGAUGUGACUUUAGUAGAAGAUAAAACAAACACAAAAUGUACUACAAAAAGUGUCCGCAAUAGUCUCGAAGAUUCAGACUUAAUGCCAGCAGUUCUCGAAGAAGGUUCAAAUAUUCCUCGUUCAAAUACCUCGGACUCAAUUGUCUCGCAAACCCCAGUAGUCAGAACUGGCUUGAUGGGAGCAGACGAACCUCCAAACAAGUACUUUACUCGCAUUGCUCCAAUCACCCCAGCUUCCAACCUCCUUGGUUUCGGGUUCCAACAAUAUAUUCGCCGCCUUUUCUUGACUCUUCGCGUAUUACUAUUCCCUCCCGUUAUCUACGCAGGCAUCCAAUGGGGCGCCCAAAACUCGUGGCUUUCCUUUUACCUCAACACCAUGGCCGACGUGUGGUCCCAACCACCAUACAACUAUUCCAGCGGCCAAAUUGGUCUCAUGAAUCUACCCUGCAUCAUUGGAGCUCUACUCGGGUGUUCCUAUGGUGGUAUUCUUUCUGACAAGUUUGUCAAUUACGUGCGCCGCAAAAACAUUGCCAAAAUAGAAAAAAUGGAGCGCCGUAUCCAGGAAAUGGGCGGCCUUCACCAGGACCGCACGGGCUCCUCCGGGAGCAUCCUAAGUGCUGCCCUAGACCGCUUUCGGAACAAACGCGUCCAGCGUUUUAUGGAAAACCGCCGCCGUCGUGUCAUUCUCGAACCAGAAACACGCCUCUGGAUGCUAGUCCCAACAGCCAUCAUCUCGCCCCUCGGCAUGUUUCUGUUUGGAAUUGGGACGGUCAGACAUUGGCCUUGGACCGUCUCAUACAUGGGCCUACUUUUCAUAGGCUUUGGCUGGGGCUGUGCAGGAGACCUGAGCAUGUCAUAUCUUAUGGACGCAUACCCACAAAUGGUUCUCGAAGGCAUGGUGGGUGUUUCGCUCGUCAAUAAUGGAAUUGCAGCCAUUUUCACAUUUUUCUGCCAAAAGUGGGUCGAUAAUGAAGGUAACUACAAAACAUAUCUGGCCCUGGGCUCUUUAAAUCUUUUCUUUUUUCUUUUAACAUUCCCCAUGAUUAUCAAGGGCAAAUGGUGCCGCAAAAUGACCAGUAAAAUGUACAAGGACUUUAUCAAAAUUAGAGACGGUCAAAAUUAA